AUGAAGGGUUUCACUUUUACUUUCCUCGCUUCUUUAUUGAUCCUUAGUGAUCCAUCGAUCGCUAGAUCAGCAGUCCAUGAAUAUAAUGCACCUGCGAUCGAAGCUCGUCAAGUAUCUACCUCCCUUGCAGCUGUCCCUACCGACUGUGCGAAUGAGAAAACCGGCAGGAGCUUGAUUGAUGGACGUCAAAAUGGUGGUGGUGGAAGGUUUGGAGGAGGAGGUCGUGGCGGUGGUGGUGGUGGUAGAAAUGGGGGUGGAAAUAGAGGAGGUAAUGGUGGAGGGAACAAUGGUGCCAAUGGAGGUAACAACAACAACAACGAUGCUGCUGCUGCCGCCGAUGCCGCUGCUGUAGCAGAUGCAGCUAAUGCUGCCAACGGGGCCAACAACAACAACGAUAACAACGGUGGUGAUGAUGCUGCUGCUGCGGAUGCAGCUAACAACAACAACAACAAUAAUAACGGCGGAGGAAAUCGUGCGAAUAAUAAUGCGAAUAACGGUGGCAACAACGGAGAUAAUUCCGCUGCCCAAGCUGAUCAAGGUAAAGAUAACGCUGCUGCACCCGUCGCUGCUAAUGAGAAUGGUGCACCUGGACCUGCUGUUCCCGUUUUAACCUUUAAUGGUGGUACUAGACUCAACGCGGCCGUGAUCCAAGAUACCGAGGCGAAUCCCAAUGCUACUGCUAAUCAAGCUGCCAGUGCUACUUCGAACAAUAACUUCCUCGAUUUUUGUGUUGGUCAGACUAUCACCAAUGGUUUACAAAACAAAGCUGGAAGUUGCAAUCCGGUUCCCAUCGGUCAAAUCCCUUCGACUCAAAAUUUGAUAUCCACGACGUUUGUUUCUCCCAGGAAUAUGGAGAACAUCCAAGCUGGUCAAACGUUUACUAUCGGAUUACAAACCACUGGUAUGACUAUGGGAUCAUUCGUAAAUGCUCAAAAGAACUAUUACGCUGCUCCUCAGCAGAUCGACGGGUCAGGCCAAAUUGUAGGACACGCUCAUGUCGUCUUACAACCUAUGAAAGCCAUCGACGAUACUUCUGUACUUGAUCCUAAUACGUUCACGUUCUUCAAAGGCAUGGAUCUCGGUGAUGUCAAUGGUCUCUCGACUAUAGAUGUUCAAGGUGGCGUACCUGCCGGAGCGUACAGAUUAUGUACUAUCAUGUCAGCUUCGAACCACCAGAGUGUCAUAUUGCCCAUCGCUCAAAGGGGUGCAGAGAAUACUUGUAGCUACUUCACUGCGGCGUAG